AUGACCAGGGGUGCUGGGCCGGGUUGGCAGCAAGAUGACGACGACGGCGGCUUCCAAAUCUGGCUAGAACCCCCCAGCGAGAACCAAAAGCCAUUCACCGACUCCGAGAGGGCGCAGAGAUGGCGACUGUCCUUGGCAUCCCUCUUGUUUCUCACCAUCCUCCUCUCUGAUCACCUGUGGUUCUGCGCCGAGGCCAAACUGGCCAGGACCCGAGACAAGUUCGGAUCGUCCCGCCUCCUCUACCCUCAAACCCAUUCAGCACAGAGCAGUCUCAGAGAAAACCCCAUCGCUAUUUUUGUAGGAAACUCGAGCAAACAUUUGUGGCGGCUGGAAACUUGCCACGCGGACAGUUUGUCCAACACCUGCUUGACUUUCGCCGACGCCGACCAUUUGUGCAGGGGCCUCUCCGGUUACGGGGGCUCGUCGGCUGUAAAUAUGAGCGAUUUGUACCUCUCCUUUUGUAACUCCUACUCUCUGCUGGAUUUGUUCGGCGGCUCGACUAGUCCCGAUAAUUUGAACUGCAGCCUGGAUGUCCUCGGUGACGGCGACCCGACCCGAUGCAGCAUGUGCGUGCAGGCGUACCAACGCUACGACCAGCAUGCGCAGGAGAAGUACGACGACUUUGAUCUCCUCACGCAGAAAUACGAGCCGGCCGCCUAUUCGGUACGGACGUGCAUGGAGCAGUGCAAGACAGCCUACAAGCCCUGGCUAUGUGCCCAGUAUUUCCCCAUUACCCAGCAGUCAUGUCAAAGAAAGGUAUCGUGCCACCAGUACUGCCUGGAGGUCCAACAGAGCUGUCCAUUCAUCCUACCGGACAAUGACGACUUGAUCCAUGGUGGCAGCCCCAGCUUCAUCUGUGCAGGACUCUUGGGAGAACAUCCACUGGAGAGCAAGGCAGAAUGCUGCGAUGUCCGAUGGGAGUCAAACACAGACGGCCCCUCAGUCGAGAAGCUAAAAAGGACUGCCUCCUCCUGUUGGCCCAAAGGAGCCUCGCUCACCUCCACCGCCACCCCGAAACUCUAUAGCGGGCGGCUGAAGCUCUGCCUGCUGGCACUUGUCCUACUGCACACAGUCAUCAUCAUAUCGGCCUCUCAUAAUUCCACGUUGGUGGGCGUGGUUGUCUCCUUCUCAGCAGAAAAGAGCGCAUCCAACGAUGACUGA